AUGGAAGAGCAGCAGGCACUGGCGGCCUCCAAGGAUGGGGAUGUAGCCACCUUGGAGCAGCUGCUUGAGGCGGGUGCCCUGAGCCCAGGAAUCACCGAUGAGUUGGGGGCUGGCCUGGUGCAUCAUGCCACCCGGGCUGGCCACCUGGACUGUGUCAAGUUCCUGGUGCAGAGGGCCAAGCUGCCCAGCAACCAGCAGGCACACAACGGGGCCACGCCAGUUCAUGAUGCGGCCGCCACUGGCAACCUGGCUGAGCUGUGCUGGUUGGUCCGCGACGGGGGCUGCGGGCUGCAGGACCAAGAUGCCUCAGGUGUCUCCCCGUUGCACCUGGCUGCCCGGUUUGGCCAUCCAGCACUAGUGGAGUGGUUGCUACGUGAGGGUCAUACAGCCACGCUGGAGACGCUGGAGGGGGCCUUACCACUGCACCACGCUGCUGUUAGUGGCGAUCUGACCUGUGUGAAGCUCCUGACAGCGGCCCACAGCAGUGGUGUGAACCAGCAGACCCGCAAUGGUGCCUCUCCACUCUACCUGGCCUGCCAAGAGGGCCACCUGCAUCUGGCGCAGUUCCUGGUGAAAGACUGCGGGGCCGACGUGCGCCUGCGCGCCUUGGACGGCAUGAGCUCACUGCACGCUGCGGCCGCCCGUGGCCACUACUCUCUGGUUGUCUGGCUGGUCACGUUCACAGACAUCGGCCUGACAGCACGGGAUAAUGAAGGAGCCACUGCCCUGCACUUCGCAGCUCGGGGCGGCCACACGCCUAUUCUUGACCGGCUUCUGCUCAUGGGUGCCCCCAUCAUGAGAGACUCCUGGGGAGGGACUCCCCUGCAUGACGCAGCCGAGAACGGACACAUGGAGUGCUGCCAGACCCUGCUCUCCCACCGUGUAGACCCCUUCCUGCGGGACGAAGACGGCUAUACAGCGAUGGAUCUGGCAGACUAUCACGGACACCAGGAUUGCGCCCAGUACCUGCGGGAAAUGUCUCGCCCGGUAAAACCUAGGGUCCUGAUGACACCCCCACCCCCACCAUUUCCACCUCCUCCACUCUUGGCUGAAAGGGUCUCCAUGGAAGAUGGAAGAAGAGGGGACUCGGGACUCAGAAGUCCCCCGUCUGUAACUCUCAGUCCAGCCUGGCCUGGUCAGCCUGUCCCAAGGGAGCCAAUGGGCUGUGCAGCCCCUCUGAGGGUCACCACCAGUCUCCCAGCUGCCCUUAAGGCGCCUGAGAUGGAAGCCAGGGACUCCCAUGAUGGCCUGGCCACUCUGCAGCUGGAUGGGCUGCCUUCAGGAGACCUUGAUGUGCUGGUACCCACCCAGGAUGAACAGGGCCGGCCCAUCCCUGAGUGGAAGCGGCAGGUGAUGGUUCGGAAGUUGCAGGCACGCCUGGGUGCUGACCAUCUUCCAGAAGAUCAGGAUCAGAGUCAGAGCCGAAGCUCGGGCCCCACCCCUGCAGAACAGGCGACCUGGAGGUACUCACAAACGCACCAGGCUAUCCUGGGCCCCUUUGGGGAGCUGCUUACAGAGGAUGACCUUGUCUACCUGGAGAAGCAGAUCAACGACCUGCAGCUCCGGCGGCGCUGCCAGGAGUAUGAGAGCGAGCUGGGCCGGCUGGCAGCCCAGCUACAGGCCCUCCUGCCCGAGCCCCUGGUCAGCAUCACCGUCAACAGUCACUUUCUACCCCGGGCUCCAGGCCUGGAAGACGAGGAAGCCCAGGUCCUGGCACCUGAACUCGAAGCCUCAGCCGAGCUGAGGAAGGUCGAGCCCAGCGGGCAGCCUCUGCCCUUCUGGUGCAGCCAUAUAGGUCGCUUGGUGCGCAGCAUGUCCCUGCUGCUGAAGGGCAUGAACGGGCUGACACAGGGAGAUGGGGAAAAGCCGCCCGUCCCCGUCCCGCAAGACCCGGGAAAGGAUGCCAUAACCGGCCCGCCUCGAAGCGAGGCCCAGCGCGAGAUCCAGGAGUGCGGGGUGUCGGUGCGGACGCUGCGGGGGAACUUCGAGUGUGCACCGGAUCUUCCCUACGCCUCGAACUCCGGUCCUUGUGAAAUGGGGGGGCGGCCCGGCCAGUGUCUGCGAGGCUGCUGGUCGGCACCGCCACAGCCCCGAGGCGACCCGAUGGGCGGGGAGCCCCGGCCGGGCGACACGGAGGAGGCCAGCGAUUCUGGCAUUAGCUGCGAGGAGGCCCCGUCAGAGGCUGGCGCGGGGCCGGGGCUGGACCUGGCCAGCCUGCGCAAGGAGCGCAUCGUCAUGCUGUUCCUCGGCCACUGGAAGAAGUCCGCCUACACACCCGCGCUUAGGACGGCCGCCUGCAGGACAUUGGAGGCCCAGCGUGCGCGAUCCAGGGGCAACGAGGCCACCGGUAGCUCCCGGUCGCCCUCCCCGCCGCCCAGCGAUGGUCCCCGGCUCGGCCACCUGUGGCAGCAGCGCGGCAUCAUCACCCACCUGCUGGGCACCUGGAAGGCCAUCAUGGCGCAUGUGCCGGCCCGGCAGCUGCGGAGGCUGAGUCGCAGGGCGCGCGGGCCCCUGUCCCCUGAGCAAUUCUUGCCGCACGUGGAUGGGGCGCCGGUACCCUACAACAGCCUCUCGCUGGACCUCUUCAUGCUCGGCUACUUCCAGCUUCUGGAAUGCGACCUGCCGGCCGAGGAGCGCAAGAUGCGCCACUUACUGUGCUUCGAGGUCUUUGAGAACCUGGGCGCGCAUGGCUGGGAGGCAGUGCGCGCCUUCCACAAGGCGGUGACCGACGAGGUGGCCGCGGGCCGCCGUGCCUGGACUGACGGCUUCGAGGACAUCAAAGCCCGCUUCUUCGGUUCCUGCCAGGGUCCAGCCUGGGACAUGGAACCUGGCCGCAAGCUGGGCCUGACACCACUAGGAUCCUUGCCCCACGCUGCCCUCCCUGGCAGCGGCCCCGAACCUGCUAUCCCGAGGCUGGGGUCAGACUCUCAGCGGGGCAGCUUCAACAGCGGGGACAUCUGUGGCUACAUCGACCGCAGCUUCGCCUUCUGGAAGGAAAAAGAAGCGGAAAUGUUUAACUUUGGAGAAUGA